CGCGCAGUGCCGCUCGAGCCACAGCCCGCUCGUACCUGAGUGCCCUGUGUGCCGUCGUCCCGUGUGCGUGUGCGUUCCCCCCGCAGGCCGAGCAGCAGCAGCAGCGGGCCAGCAGGCCAGCAGACCGAGUUGGGGCGUCACCACCACAGCGAGCGGCCAGCCCUGCACCGGACGACUUUCAUCCACGGCGAGUCGGUGGUGCACUAGUGCGUGCGGGUGCGAAAUGUGAGGCGGGCGGUCAUCGGCGAAGCGCAGGAUUUGCGGGCGAUGCAGCGAGGCCAACAACUUGCACAGACGAGAUCGGGAUAGAAGACGGCGACAGUGGCGACACACUCACCUCGUGUGCGUUCGGCGAGAUACACGCUUUUGGUCAUUUUUCUAUGAAAACGACGCGAACGAAAAUAAACGGGACCAAAAUCACACCUUAGAAAUGGAUCUGUUUAAAUUGAAGUUGGGUAAAGUAAGGGUGGGCAUCAGGCUGCUGGCACGAGCGGACGACAUAUGAGACAUUCGAACGGUCAGCGGCGGCUAGAUCACUAUCAUCCGGCGACCAGCGAGUCCGUCGACACACUCACCACCACCACUACUGGCUCCCAACAUACAGCAGUUUACGCAGAGGUAGUCGAGGUGGAGGAAUAUGAGCUGGGCUCCGACGUCGAGCCCGCUGAGGCUCAGGGAACCCUCAAGCUGACCUCGCGCCGCAGCAUCCACUCAGGCCCGCGACGACGCGCGCGUGAUGAGACGAAGAAAGAAAUACAAGUGGAUGAUGAAGCCUCACUCAGAGAUCUACUUAUCAGUCUGCAGAAGCAGGUGAGCGUGAUGAGUAUGAAUCUGAGCGCGAAGCUGGACGAGCUGCAGCGCGGCGACCGCCACUACGAGACGACGGUCGCCCUCUGCGACAUCCGCACGCAGCUGCAGGAGCUCACCAAGUCGGUGGAGUCAUGCCAGUCGGAGGUCUCCGAGGUGAAGCGCGACAUGGUCGCCAUCAAGCACGAACUCGACACCGUGCAGCAGGUGAAGGAGGAGAUCGAGGAGCUGCGCGAGUACGUCGAUCGACUCGAGGAGCACACCCACCGACGGAAGCUACGACUUCUAGAGCAGGGCUUAACAUUCUUUCUCUCUUACGCGAUCCUCGCUGCUGUGCUGGGGAUGCUGCAAUUCGGAUACAACACGGGUGUAAUCAACGCGCCCGAGGGCAACAUCGAGUACUUCAUGAAGGACGUGUACAAGUCCCGCUACGGUGAGGAUCUUGCUGAUGAAGAGGUCCAGCGGCUGUACUCACUCGCCGUAUCGAUAUUUGCCAUCGGCGGUAUGCUGGGCGGCUUCAGUGGCGGCAUGGUGGCCAACCGUUUUGGAAGAAAAGGGGGCCUAUUGCUCAACAACGUGCUCGGCAUCGGCGGGGCUUGCCUCAUGUGGUUCACCAAGGUGACCAACUCGUACGAAAUGUUGUUUAUUGGUAGAUUUAUAAUCGGAGUCAAUUGUGGUCUAAACACUUCCCUAGUACCUAUGUAUAUAUCCGAAAUCGCGCCGCUGAACCUCAGAGGCGGGUUGGGCACCGUCAACCAACUGGCGGUGACUGUAGGGUUGCUACUCUCGCAGGUGCUCGGCAUCGAGCAGUUCCUGGGCACCAACGAGGGUUGGCCACUAUUACUGGGGCUCGCCAUCUGCCCGGCGCUCCUUCAGCUCAUCUUGCUGCCCAUCUGCCCGGAGAGUCCGCGUUAUCUGCUCAUCACUAAGCAAUGGGAGGAAGAGGCACGCAAAGCCCUACGAAGGUUGCGUGCUAGCAAUCAAGUCGAGGAGGAUAUUGAGGAGAUGCGUGCUGAGGAACGUGCGCAGCAGGCGGAGGCUUCCAUCAGCAUGAUGGAGCUCAUCUGCUCACCCACACUAAGGGCGCCUUUAGUCAUAGGUGUUGUGAUGCAAUUGAGUCAACAACUAUCAGGAAUUAAUGCUGUGUUCUAUUAUUCAACGAGCCUGUUUGCCAGUUCGGGACUGACGGACGAAAGCGCCAAGUUUGCAACGAUUGGCAUCGGUGCCAUUAUGGUAGGCAUGACGCUCGUCUCCAUUCCGCUGAUGGAUCGCACCGGUCGACGAACGCUGCACCUCUACGGGCUCGGCGGGAUGUUCAUCUUUUCGAUCUUCAUCACGAUCUCGUUUUUGAUAAAAGAGUUUUUCGGUUACGUGCAGGAAAUGAUCGACUGGAUGUCCUACCUAUCGGUGGUGUCCAUUCUCAGUUUCGUCGUCUUCUUCGCGGUUGGACCUGGUUCCAUUCCGUGGAUGAUCACCGCCGAGCUGUUCUCACAGGGGCCGCGACCGGCGGCGAUGUCCAUCGCUGUCCUCGUCAACUGGCUCGCCAACUUUCUCGUCGGCAUCGGCUUUCCUAGCAUGAAGAACGCGCUGGAGAACUACACCUUCCUACCGUUCAGCGUGUUCCUCGCCAUCUUUUGGAUAUUCACGUAUAAGAAGGUACCCGAGACGAAGAACAAAACGUUCGAGGAGAUCCUGGCGAUUUUCCGCCACGGCAACGGAAGGAACAGUUUUCGGGACAGCAGAUUGUACGGGAGUAUGCUGAACUGCGUCAAUGCGCUUGAGGGACAUCUACCGGUGGAGCAGGCCGGUUUGGUCCAUGGCGAAGAAAAAGGAGAUUCAUCCGGUUCGGAGCGUUCGUCGGUGCGCGGCGAGUCGGGCGGGCGCGGCCUGCCGCCGCCGCUGCCGCCGCCGCGCUACCCGAACAGCGCCGUCUGACAAUGGGAAGGUCUGCACGUCGCCGCGUUCGGUGGCGGCGGCAGUCUGCUGCCGCUGCCUGCGCCCCUCCUGGCGCUUGAAGAUCACCUCGUCGAACUGAUCACGCAACGCACCAAGGCUUGCGCCACCUAUCUACGGCAUAGUUUUAAGCGACCGCACCGCCAUUAAGAAAAAAAAAAACCUCCUCUCUCUCCUCAUCGUUUUUUCUAUACUUAAUGAUAUAUUAUUAUAAAUCGAAAACCGCAAAACAAACAACCGACGACAAAAACCUAUCUUUAUUAUCUACUACUCACUCAAAACUAUAAAGGAAUAUAUCUAGUCGAAACGAAAACGUAAACGUAAAUCACGUAAUGGGUAAGAGACGUCCGCCAUGUUGUAUUUCAUACAAAAUGGCGGCGCGUUGCUGUUUUGUUAAAAAAUCUUCCAUAAACAAAAAGAAACGAAUACCUGUAAGCGCUCGCGGCCUUCAAAACAGAAAACUCACUAACCAAACAAAAAUAUUAAACCAAAGUGCAUCGAUCGAGUAAUGAUUGCGUUAUUAUUGUUAAACAAUGUGUGCACCAAAAGGCGGCCCGAAGACGUUGCAAACACGAACUGAACUUUUAAUCCACAUUCACACAGAUUAACGACACACAAACACACGAAAUGAAAAAUAAAACUAGUUGAUAAUAAUAACUGUAAUAAUUUUAGAUACGAUAUAGACGACAAGAGGUUGUAAUACUACCAAUAGCAUCCGAACACGCAUUUCAUUAAUGAAAAAGAUUCUAAAAUACAAGAUGGCGACGACGACGCUGAAAUAAAAGCUGAUUACACCUUACACACCAUUCAUAUUCAUACAUUGACACGCAUUUUUACGAUAUAAUAGUAACUAAUCUUACGUGCAUGCAACUCUUGACCUAUAAACUUAACCUUCAAAGUUUUGUUCUGUUUUUAACGUAUUUUUUAUUAUCUUUGUAGUAUUGAUAUAUUGUGUACAUAAUUUGUUUUUGCGGCCUACGGAGAAAUUUCUGAACAUUUUUGGGUGGAAGCAAAUUACAAUCGGCUUACUUUUUGGAAACUUUUGACAUUUUCAUCUCAUUUCAUUCAUUUGACUCUGCAAAGAAUAAAAUUAAACGCGAAGUGUUAAAGAUUAUUCACUGCCACAUAAAAAUAAUAACUAGCGUUUAUUACUUAUUAAUAAAUAUGGUAUAUAAACAAAUUGAAAUGAAAUAGCGUCACGAUGAUGAUAUAACGAAGAAAAAAUUACCGAAAAUACUUGAGCGCACGUUAUUGCAUUUACCAAAAUGAUAUAUUAAUGAAUUGAGAAUUAAUUAUAUAAUUAAUUGAUAACCUAGAUAGACAAAAGAGUCGAGAAAAUCAUAUUUAUACAUACCGCAUAAAACAAAUCUAUCGAUAUUAAAUGACAAUUAUCUACGAUUAUAAUCAAUAGUUUUUGCUCAAUAAUUUAGAAUGCCACUGAAAACCGAAUCGAAAUUUAUUUCAUUUAAAGGACGGAAUCAAACUAAUUAAAUCGGCGGUUUUCAGUGACAUCGUUUAAAUGUUUGUUUAAGUUUUGAAUGGUGUUUUAUCAAUUGUAAGUGGAUUGUAAGUGAGGGGGAGAGAGAUCAAGCGCAGGCUUCUGUUUAGCGGAUGUCCGAUCGACGGCGGCGUGCCGAUGACCGACGAAGAGAUGCGGGGAAAGUGGAAGUUUCCAACACGUACGGCGACGUCCACCACCAUUGACAGCGCUGCCGCCACCGACGCCGACGCCGACACGGACGAAAGCAGCUCGUAAAACAUCAACACUUAAACAAUACUUUUAAAAAGAAAUUGAACAUUCGUUUGGUUUAAAACUAAAAAAUUCUAACCUAAAGUAGCGACGUACGAUUUAAGCGCAAAAGUACUACCCCUAUAAACAAUAGACACGAGUAUAUCUCAUAUAACUACGCAGCUAUAGUGAUUCGAACUAUAAACGCGUUUAUUAAACUAAACCUACCCUAAUUAAAGAAAAAAAAAUGAAGCAAAAUACGAAUACGAAUGCGUUGCGACUCUUAAUUGUUAUAACAAAGAAAAAAAUUGUAAAACCAAUUGAUUGAUUAGUAUCUAAGCACUGCCAUAUUGUCGUUGGUUACCUCUGAAUAACAUUUUUAAAUAACUGCAAUAUUCUAUCAUUUACAAUAGUAACAUUUAAGGUUAUAAAUGGGUUAUGGUAAUGUGAAUAAUUUUUGAGGUUAGGUACAUUACGAUAACUUGUUUAUAAGGUUUUUAUAGAUUGUUUGUGCACAAAUUUGUAAGUUUUGUUGUCUUGUUCGAAACUACUGCCGCAUUAAUGAAUAUUAUUGAUAAUAUUAUCCAACAUUACUAAGCGAUAAUAAUAUUAAAUUAAGAGCGGAGAAUGCGAUGCGAGAGGCGUAGUUUUACCUUUACGAUAUUGAAAUAUGUAAAGAAAAAACAAACUCAAAUUAAUAAGUGCACUGACUUAAAACAUAAAUAUUGAUGAAAUAUAUAUAUAGCUCUACGUAAGAACAUAGAAUCGAAGUUUAGUUAGAACAAUUCGUCAAACAAUUUUUAUUUAGAGUUAAUUUCAUUUUUUCACCACAAAAAAAAACGAGAGAAAUUCAAUAAAAUUGAGAACGUAUAAUCAGUCAAGUCAGUCAAUUAGUCGUUGCACACAAUUUGAUUCUCGAAAUAUGAUAAAUUAAAAUUGAAUGACGAUUAAAUUCUAAUUAUAUAAACAAAGUUAUUGUCGAGUGCGUGGCAUUGAAACGUACACGUACACACUUAGUUCACAACUAUUGUUGAUGGUUGUUGGCCUAAAACAAAAAAUAAAAAAUAAAAGAAAAUGAACGGUAUUCAGUAUUUGAUACUUAUAUUUAAUAAUUGAAAACAAUUUGCACUUUCCAUAAGCAAACCAUGAGAGUAAAUCGCGGAUAUUGAGGGAUGAUGCAAGGAAAGAAAAUAUUGGAAAAAUGGAGCAAGAUGAUUAUUCUAAAUGUAAAUAUUGUUACAUACAUAUAAUAAUGAAAUAAAAAUAAUAAUAAUUAAUAAUCAUAUACAUUAUUAAUACUAGUAAGGAAAAUAAUUUUAAUACACUCACAGUGUCAGAUGAGAUGAUGCAAAUGCAUAAAACUAAAAAAAAAAACAACUAAAAAUUUUUUCUUCCAAAUUUUGCUAAAUUAAAUUGAUUUGUUUUGUAAAAGUCAAAAUUUCGGGGAGUACGGAUGACGUUCCUCUCUAAUCUCCAUCACGCGUUGUCUCAAUUGUUUUAAGAUGUUCAUUAAUAAAUACUGAAUUGAUUGAUCGAGAUAAUUAUAACUAUGUAAUCGUAAUAAGGGUUGUAGCUCUGGUUUUGCCCGAUUUUGACGAACGAUGGCGAUUUGAUUAAAUUUUAAGAAGCAAAACUGUGAAAAUAAACCCAAUGAAGAAAAUACACACAAAACAAACGAAUGAAUGGAUGACUGUGACACGUUUAACGAAUACGAAUACAAAUCGGUUAUUCACUUGGCGUCUUGGCGAUUUUUCUUUUGUUGUGAUCUCACUUCGUGCGACGAUUUUUGAAUGCGAGCGAACUGUAAUUUAUUACAUAGCAUUAUGUAUAGAUUAAUAAAAUUAUAUAUUAUAUUGAAUUGACAUGGAAAUGAAUGAUUUCGAUCAUAAUAUGUAAAACUCAUGAGUUUCACUCUCUAAGGAAAAUACAAAAUGCAAUAAAUUCUAUCUCUAUA